AUGUGGAGGAGAAAGUUCAACAAAGAACUAAUUGAAGAAACAGAAACGACUCCAAUUAAAUAUUACAUAAGUGGCCAGAGAAUCCAGUGGUUGGGGAACAUUAUGCGUGGAAGUGAUGAUAAGAUAAUCAAAACAGAAGAUAUUUUAAAAGUUGUCUUUUUGAUUUCAGUGAACUUUGACCACUUUGAAAUUUUGAGAGCAAUCGGUAAAGGAAGUUUUGGUAAAGUAUGUAUAGUGGAAAAGAAAAAUUCUCGUCAAAUGUAUGCAAUGAAGUACAUGCAGAAGAGUCGUUGCAUUGAAAGAGAUGCCUUAAAAAAUGUACUAAGGGAAAUGGAAAUAUUAACUACGCUUGAACAUCCAUUUCUGGUAAAUCUAUGGUUCUCUUUUCAAGACGAGGAAGACCUGUUCAUGGUUUCAGACUUGUUAUUGGGUGGCGAUCUGAGGUAUCACUUGGGUCAAGACGUUAAGUUCAGCGAAAAUUCAAUCAAACUGUUUGCUUGCGAAAUUGGUUCUGCGUUGGAAUAUUUGCAAAGCAAGCAUAUAGUUCAUAGGGACAUAAAACCGGAGAAUAUUCUGCUAGAUGAAGAAGGUCAUGCACACAUUACCGAUUUUAAUAUAGCAGCUACACUACAUGGUAAAAAAUUAGCGUCGUCGCUGUCUGGCACCAAACCUUAUAUAGCACCAGAAGUUUACUUAUGCUCGUUGGGCGAAUGCUCUGGAUACUCGUAUCCCGUGGAUUGGUGGUCACUAGGCGUCACACUUUACGAAGUCAUGUCAAGGUGUCGACCAUAUGACAUCCAUUCUGGUACAACGCCGAGGGAAGUUCGAUUGAUGAUGAUGAAUUCGACGUCAUCCACGGCAAUACCACCGAAAUGUUCAGAACCAUUGAGUUUACUAUUCCAAAGACUGUUAUGCAUUAACCCAGACGAGAGAAUCACCACGGUCAAGAAACUGAAAUCCAUUCCGUGUAUAAGUCGAUACAAUUUUGGAAUGAUAUUAGAAAAACAAAUUAGGCCACCAUUUACGCCACCGAAAGACAGGCUGAAUUGUGAUCCAACGUUUGAACUGGAAGAGAUGAUAGUCGAACCCAACCCAUUGCACCGAAAGCCCAGACGGUUGGCAAAACAAAGGUCACUCAGAACUUCCAUGACAAUAGAAGACACUGAGAUUAGUAGACAACUUCAACAUUUUAAAUGUUAUAAUCGCGAGAAAGAACUUGAAAGACGAGAAAUGGAACGCAAGGAACACGACUGGGAGCAAGAGUUGAUAAAAGCUAUGAAUGCAUCAACCAUACCAGCGAUGUAA